GGAGCAAACAAGAGCGGACCAAUCACAGGGCUGCCUCGGAGCAGCUGGGGUGUUCGUCCAGCCUUUAUAAAGUUUAGCGCAGCGUUACUGCAGAAGGUUAUUUUUCUUCACUUUCAGCGUCGAGAAUUUUUAGAUAGGAGCCAUGAUGAAGCUGCUGCUGGCUGUACUGGCCGUUGGCCUGAGCUCGGUCCUCUCAGCCCCCCACCUGGACCCACAGCUGGAUGAGCACUGGAACCUGUGGAAGAGCUGGCACACUAAAAAAUACCACGAGAAGGAGGAGGGCUGGAGGAGGAUGGUGUGGGAGAAGAACUUGAAGAAGAUCGAGCUGCACAAUCUGGACCACUCCAUGGGCAAACACACCUACCGCCUGGGCAUGAACCACUUUGGAGACAUGACCAACGAGGAGUUCAGGCAGCUCAUGAACGGCUACAAGCACAAAGCAGAGAGAAAGGUGAAGGGGUCCCUGUUCUUGGAGCCCAACUUCCUGGAGGCCCCUCGUUCUCUGGACUGGAGGGACAAGGGCUACGUGACUCCCGUUAAGGACCAGGGUCAGUGUGGCUCUUGCUGGGCUUUCAGUGCCACCGGAGCUCUGGAGGGUCAACAGUUCAGGAAGACCGGCAAGAUGGUGCAGCUGAGCGAGCAGAACCUGGUGGAAUGCUCCAGACCCGAGGGUAACGAGGGCUGCAACGGAGGUCUGAUGGACCAGGCCUUCCAGUACGUCAAGGACAACCAGGGCCUGGACUCUGAGGAGUCCUACCCUUACCUGGGAACCGACGACCAGAAAUGCCAUUACGACCCCAGGUACAACGCUGUCAAUGACACCGGGUUCGUGGACAUUAAGAGCGGCAGCGAGCAUGCUCUGAUGAAGGCUGUCACUGCUGUUGGACCCAUUUCAGUCGCCAUUGAUGCCGGCCACGAGUCUUUCCAGUUUUACCAGUCAGGAAUCUACUAUGAGCCAGAGUGCAGCAGCGAGGAGCUGGACCACGGCGUGCUGUUGGUGGGCUACGGCUUCGAGGGAGAAGAUGUGGACGGCAAGAAGUACUGGAUCGUCAAGAACAGCUGGAGUGAAAAGUGGGGAGACAAAGGCUACGUCUACAUGGCCAAAGACCGACAGAACCACUGUGGUAUUGCGACAGCAGCCAGCUACCCUCUGGUGUGAGGCCUGCUCCACCUCGUAGCACCGUAGUCUUUUUAUUCUAAUAUUCUGGACAGGAGGGACGACGCUGCAGUCAGUGUGAGACACGCAGGAGAUUCUGAUGUUUCACCAUCAAUAACACUGAUUUUAGGGAAAUUGCCCGUUUUUGUUUUCUGCUACUUCAUGUUGUCAGGAAAAAAAUUAGCUCAUCGUUUUAUUCUCUGUAAAUAUGUGUAUGCUACUUGGUAAGUGAUCAUCACCACUUGCUAUGGUCAUUGUAAAUGAUUUUUCUACUUUUACUGUGAUCAAUUAAAGUUUUAAAACACUA